AGCCGGCGCGACGGAGUGCGUGCAGUUUCUUCGCAUCCCGCUGAUCGUCGUCGGCAGCGUGCUGUGCGCCGUGGCUCUCGCCGGGUUCAUCGGCGCCGUUAACGACAUCGCAUGGCUGCUCUUCAUCUACCUCGCUGUAGUCUUCAUCGCUAUAUGGGUGCUCCUCGGAUUUACAGUGUUCGCGUUCAUCGUGACAAAUCAAGCGGUGGCGGACGCGGUGUCGAACAAGGGCGUGGGCUCGUGGAAAACGACAGAUUUCUCCACGUGGUUACAGAAUCAAGUCACGGAGCAGUCCAAGUGGGCGCCCAUCCAGGCGUGCCUCGCGGCCGGCAACACGUGCGGCGUGCUCAGCCAGACCAACACGACUGCUUCUUCGUCGCUCACCGCCAUCCAGUCCUGCCCCUCCGCACCCCUCUCUGCCACCUCGCGCGCAGACCUCCCCGCGAACACCACUGAUGCCGCCGCCGCCGCCGCUGCUCUCGCUUCCGCAGUCAACUCGACAAUUUCAACCGGCAGUUUCACAGGCGACUGCCUGGUGUACGGCAGCGAGCCGGCGAAGCUGUGCUACGGGUGCGACACGUGCAAGGCGGCGUUCCUCAAGACGCUGCGCGACCAGUGGCGCAUGGUGGCGUUUGUGUGCCUAGGCGUGUCGCUGCUGCUGCUUGUUGUGUAUAUUGUUGGCUGCUGUGCCUACCGCAGCGCCAAGAGGCGGGAGGGAUUCUUUGGAAAGUGCGUGCAGAUCAUUCGAAUCCCGCUGAUACUCGCCGGCAGCGUGCUGUUCGCCGUGGCUCUUGCCGGGUUUAUUGGCGCCGUUAACGACAUUGCAUGGCUGCUCUUCCUCUACCUCGCUGUAGUCUUCAUCGCUAUAUGGGUGCUCCUCGGAUUCACAGCGUUCGCGUUCAUCGUGACGAAUCAGGCGGCGGCGGACGCGGUGUCGAACAAGGCCGUGGGUUCAUGGAAUACGACGGAUUUCUCCACGUGGCUACAGAACCAAGUCACGGAGCAGUCCAAGUGGGCGCCCAUCCAGGCGUGCCUCGCGGCGGGCAACACGUGCGGCGUGCUCAGCCAGACCAACACGAUUGCGUCCUCAGCGCUCUCCCCUAUCCAGGCCGGUUGCUGCUAUCCCCCCCAGUCCUGCCCCUCCGCGUCCCUCACCGCCACCUCGCGCGCAGCCUUCCCGACCAACACCUCGGCCGCUAAUGCCACCGCAGCCACCGCCGCCGCGCUCGCUUCCACAGUCAACUCCACGAUCUCAACUGGCAGUUUCACCGGCGACUGCCUGGUGUACGGCAGCGAGCCCACGAAGCUGUGCUACGGGUGCGACACGUGCAAGGCGGCUUUCCUCAAGAUGUUGCGCGAUCAGUGGCGCAUUGUGGCGUUUGUAUGCCUGGGCGUGUCGCUGCUGCUGCUCGUUAUCUACAUUGUUGGCUGCUGCGCCUACCGCAGUGCCAAGCAGCGUGAAGGUUUUCUUGGGAAGGUUUAA